AUGUCUAGAAGACUAGGACCGAGCUCGAUCACCAUGCUUGCCGUGCAUGCGCAGAUCCCGAUUCGCUGCGAGCAGAAGUUUGCCCGGAGAUCCGUGGAACUCCGACUCGAAAAAAGGUUCAAGACUGGAUGCCAGCUAUCCAGAAAAAGGCCGCUGAGGUGCACAGGGGCCGUUAUGCUUGCCGUUGCUGCGCUGCUUUGGGAUAUGUAUGCGUACCCAGGCGUCGACUCCGGCGCUUUCCGCGAGGUCUCGGAGACUUUGCUAUUGGCAUGGGCCCUGGAAGGCCGGUGCUACCCGCAGAGGGGGGGCGCCAACCUGGAGCACUAUGCCACGGAGCUCGAGUCUCGUGUCGAAAAGCGGCAGCCAGUGAAGCAGACGGAGCUUUGUGCGUUCUUCUCACAGGGGAGAUGUACCCGUGGGAGUCGGUGCACUUUCGCCCACGGCAUCGCAGAGCUACGUCAACGUCCAGACCUCUACAAGACAAAGCUUUGCGCUUCCUACUCUCUAUGGAAGCAGUGUCCCUACGGCGAAGACUGUACUCACGCCCACGGUCAAGAGGAGCUACGAUCAGUUGACUCAGUCGGAGUCUUUUCAGGUUCGGAGAUGCAACGAUCGGACGACGGCAAGGAGACAUUCUCUACAGCAUCCGGGGUUUGCGACUCCGAGCUGUCGGUGUCCUCAGCGGUAAGCCAGUUUGGCUUGCCAAACCUACACGAAAGUCCAAUGAUGUACAUCGGCUACGACGCCUCUCUAAGCAGUGAUGGCGGCUUUCCGAUCACGACUCCCAGUGACUACAAGCCACCCUGGGGCAGCCUCCUUCAUCAGAUGCAGGAUGCAGACCUGCAUCACAUGGGUGCCUCUCCGCAUUCCAACAUGCAGAUGCUGGAAUUCUUGGCUGCCAACGGUCACCAAGAGGUCCUGAGCUUGUAG